AAUUAUCUAAUAAUCGAUUGUGCCCACGCCAGUCUCUUUUUUUGCUUUUGCGUAGUCACGCUCGCAUUUUUUCCCCAAUACUAAAGAAUACGACACACCUUUCACAAGUAUUAAUAUUUCUUGUUUAGCUAAACGCUGUUACACAUGGAUGGACAAGAUAACGUGUUUGAAAGUAUAUUUAAAGUAGAAAAGGAUCUGAUGCCACCUGUCACACUUUUUGUGCAGCCCACGAAAGAAGAAGUUGAGGGGGAAUGCGAGAACAUCCUGGAGCGGGCUCUUCAAACGAAUCGCGUACAAAAGCAAGAAGUGAUCUCGAAGAGAGAAGACACGAAUGCUCAGUCUGCCAGAAGAGCUUGCCACGAAAGGAUAAUUUACUUCGCCACAUGCGGUCAGGUUGCAAAUAAUCAUCUAUCUCAGAAACUUAAGGAUCCUCGUACUUGCCUAUUACACAUAAUAUUGGUUGGCUACGUGGCAUUGAACGGUGGCCCCAUUAAACUGAAGAGGACCUAUUGGAUUGAACGUUCGAACUCUCGCCUGGUGCUGCCUCUUCUGGCGAGGUCGGGCACGUGCAUGAAUAAUCCAAAUGCAAUUAAUCAUGAAGUAUACAAGUUAACCAAAUCUCGCGCCGUGCUGCUUCUUUCUAUACAGUUCAGCAGUUCGUCGUUAGCGCUACUAUUGGAGCAGAUGGCUGCGGCGGCCAAAGAGUAG